UGUUCAUUCUUUAACAUGGUAUCGUAUUUUCAGAUUUCAGGUUAUUUGUUUGGAAGAGAAUUGCACAUUGCACUUUCUACACUGCAGUUUCUCUAUCUUUGUUCUGUCUGAUCUUGAAUACAGAUUCAUAGACAAUUUCACUUUGAAUGCAGGAGAUUUGUGAAAGAAAUUUUAAAUUUAAAGCAGAGAGAUGUAAUAACUUUGCUGUCAUGUUGUUCCCUGCAUUUAAAAUCAAAUAAGACCUAUGCGUAAUUUUGACAGAGAAAAAAAAUACCACGAGUGUAGAAAGUGCAUAACACUGUGACGUGAUGACACAUGUGUGCGACUAAAAUAGGAUAGAAAUUUAUGUUGAACUGGUCAAAAUUGAUUAUCAGAGAGAAUAUUAUAAUUACGAGAUACAAAUAUCAUAGAAAAUGCACCUGACUAAAAACGUCAUUCAAACAACACAAUCUUUUAAAACCCAUCUUUUAAGCUUUCUUAAGACUGCAUCAAAGGCUGGAGAUAUAAAAAUAUCCAGAUUUGUUCAUACUUAUAAUAAUAAUUCUUUUGGCAAAUAUGCUAUAGUCCGACCAUGGUUAGUUUCUGAAAAGGUAGUUGUACCUUCAUAUAUACCUCAGCCAUCCUAUAGCGAAUCAUCAAUACCUGAAAAAGAUGAACUGAUAACACCUGAAAUCAAGGAUGAAUCUCAAAUAGAAUGUAUGAGGGAAAGUUGUAAACUUGCUAGUCAUAUCCUGCAUCAAGUUGAUAAGUUAAUUAAGCCAGGUAUUACGACCGAUUUUCUUGACAAACAAGUACACGAUAUGAUAAUUGGCAAUGGAGCUUAUCCCAGUCCACUCAAUUAUCAUGGUUUUCCUAAAUCUAUAUGUACAAGUGUCAACAACGUCGCUUGUCAUGGUAUUCCAGACAGUAGGCCUUUACAAGAAGGUGAUAUACUCAAUGUCGAUGUAACAGUAUAUCUUAAUGGCUAUCAUGGUGACUGCUCGGCUAUGUUUCAAGUAGGUGAAGUCGAUUUAAAAGGCAAAGAAUUGAUAACAAUCACAGAAUUGUGUUUAAAAUCAGCCAUUGAAAUAUGCAAGCCUAAUCAACAUUUUUACAAUAUUGGUAAAGUAAUAGAAGAUAUAGCAAAUAAACAUAAUUUGAAUGUAAUACCUGCGUUUGUGGGCCAUGGUAUUGGGACUUAUUUUCAUGGUGCCCCUGACAUUUUCCAUUUUGCAAAUGAUUAUUCUGGAAGAAUGAAAUCAGGGAUAACAUUUACUAUUGAACCAGUUUUGAGUCAAGGAAUGACACAGAUUGAAAUUUUGGAAGAUGGAUGGACAGCUUGCACUGUUGAUAAUUCUAGAACAGCUCAAAUUGAACAUACAAUUUUGAUAACAGACGAUGGAUGUGAAGUACUAACACUCUAGACCAUAAUGAUUGUCUGUUUAUAUGUGUAUAUAAAUAAUACUUAUUAAAUAUAUUAUUUCUACACAUUU